AAAGUCUCCAGCUCCCAGGUUCCUCAUGGUUGCUAACUACGCCCUACCUGGAGCCCAACUCACUGUCUCCUACGCCCUCUGAACCCCAGGAAAACCUAGGUGGCCUGGGAGAUCCGUUCGUGCGUUUGGUGUGGGACUCCUAGCGUCAGCGGGCCGGAGACGGAGAAAUUCGGGCGCGGGGAGCGACGCCUGGCAGGAGGCUGCCCCGCCCCCCUCCGCCUGAUUUCGUUGAGGAGGGAGCCGCCCCGUUCCCGCCCCUAACUGGCCCGGCAGCAGGGAGCUGCUAGGAGGUGGAGAUCGAGCCGACCUGCAGAUAUGGAGGCAGCCAGCACCUGGGCACUGCUGCUGGCGCUGCUGCUGCUGCUGCUGCUGGCGCUGGCACUGCCCAGGACCCCGGACCCAGGCCAUCUGCCCCCGGGGCCCGCCCCGCUGCCGCUGCUGGGGAACCUCCUGCAGCUGCGUCCAGGGGCGCUGUACUCCGGGCUCUUGCGGCUAAGCAAGAAGUAUGGGCCUGUGUUCACGGUACACCUGGGCCCCUGGCGCCGCGUGGUGGUCCUGGUUGGACAUGACGCUGUGAGAGAGGCCUUGGGCGGUCAGGCUGAGGAAUUCGGUGGGCGGGGAACGCUGGCAACGCUGGACAAGACUUUUGAUGGUCAUGGGGUUUUCUUUGCCAACGGGGAGCGGUGGAAACAGCUGAGGAAGUUCACCCUGCUCGCUCUGCGGGACCUGGGCAUGGGCAAGCGCGAAGGCCAGGAGCUGAUCCAAGCAGAGGUGCAGAAUCUGGUGGAGGCCUUCCAGAAGACAGCAGGACGUCCAUUCGACCCUUCCAUGCUGCUGGCCCAGGCCACCUCCAAUGUCGUCUGUUCCCUCAUCUUUGGCAUCCGUUUGCCCUACGAAGAUAAAGAGUUCCAGGCCGUGAUCCAGGCAGCAAGUGGUACCUUGUUGGGGAUCAGCUCCCCGUGGGGCCAGGCCUACGAGAUGUUUUCCUGGCUGCUGCAGCCCUUGCCUGGCCCACACAGGCAGCUCCAGCGACACCUGGGCACCCUGGCCGCCUUCGUUGUGCAACAGGUGCAGCGGCACCAGGGAAGUGUCCAGACUUCCGGUCCUGCGCGUGACGUCGUCGACGCCUUCCUGCUGAAGAUGGCACAGGAGAAACAAGACCUGGGCACAGAGUUCACAGAGAAGAACUUGCUGAUGACGGUCACCUACCUGCUGUUUGCUGGGACGAUGACCAUUGGUGCCACCAUCCGCUAUGCCCUCCUGCUCCUGAUGAGAUACCCUCAAGUGCAACGGCGUGUUCGGGAGGAGCUGAUCCAGGAGCUGGGUCCCGGCAGGGCUCCGAGUCUGAGCGAUCGUGCUCGCCUCCCUUACACGGAUGCAGUUCUCCACGAGGCGCAGCGGCUCCUGGCGCUGGUGCCCAUGGGAAUGCCCCACACCCUCACGAGGACCACUUGCUUCCGCGGAUACACUCUGCCCCAGGGCACGGAGGUAUUCCCCCUGAUCGGCUCUGUACUGCAUGACCCCGAGGUUUUCCAGAACCCAGCAGAGUUCCAACCAGGCCGCUUCCUGGACACUGAUGGUCGCUUGAGGAAACAUGAAGCCUUCCUGCCCUUCUCCUUAGGUAAGCGAGUCUGCCUGGGAGAAGGUCUGGCCCGGGCGGAGCUCUGGCUUUUCUUCACGGCUAUCCUGCAAGCCUUCUCCCUGGAGACGCCGUGCCCACCAGCUGACUUGAGCCUGCAGCCAGCCGUCAGUGGACUUUUCAACAUCCCCCCAGACUUCCAGCUGCAGGUCUGGCCCAGCGGCGACCAGUCCAGAUGAAGGGUAGCUUCAAGGGGGGGUGGGGUGUGAACCGGGUGUCUCAGAAGCCACACCACGCCACGCAUCGUAGUCCAGGAAGCUGCUGCGACCCAGCAUCAGCUAACUCCCCUACGAAACGACAAGACAACCGAUGCAUAUGCUUUUUUUUUUUUUUUUUUUUUUGGAGAGGGCUGUCUGAAUCAGGGGUCUGGCUGUGUACCACAGGCAGGUCUCAACCUUGUGGUCCUCCUGCCUCGGAUUCCCUAGUGCUGGAAUUACAGAGAUGCAGCACCGAGGGGCUGCAUAGGCUUCCAGACUACGUAAAUGUAGCACACGCCGUCUGGACUCACAAGCACAUUAUCAGAUACCCCGUGCACUGCACAACCCCUGUGCUCACAAUCCUAGUCCCGCUAGCCACACAAACAGCCCAACCGUGUUCAGGACCCUGUGAUUAUCGCUGCUGUUGCUGGGUCCCCGCCACAGAAAACAGCAUGCCCCAGCUGGGGUCAUGUCACAGCCAGAACCAUGUCCCUGUUUACUCCGUGGAUGACCUCACCACCAUCCAGGCACAUGAGUGCCUCCAUGUAUGGCCGCCAGCCAGUCAUCCACACAGCCGGGCCAUAUGUGACAACGUCUUGGCUCUUCCGAAUUUCUUCCUGCUGAGACACGCCGUGACGGCAAAACUGUUCCCGGCUACCUCCAUGCCCUUGUUCAUCAAACACACUCCUUCCAACAAAAUUUUCCCAAAUAUAACUGUUUCCUGGACUGUAAUUGUGCACACAGACCUUGUACAAAUGGGGGCCAGCAACCCCCAGGAGAAAUGUCCCCACUCAUGUUUAAUCAGGGCUCUGCUCCCAAACACACCCUGACUUUACUUGGCAUCGACGUCCCCGUCGGGGUGUUCAAAAUGUAGCUCAGACGGAGAGAGCACUUGCCUGGCAUUUGUAAAGCCUAGGGUUCAAUCCCCAGCACUGCUCAAAAAAACAAUUUUUUUAAAAUCUCCAUUCAACCACUGGCUAGCCCUUACCCUGGAAGGAUUACAGGAGCAAACAGGGACCCGGUUCUACCCCUCAGUAACAGGACAGGGGCCAUACCUGACCUCUUUGUAACUUGAAAGGCCCCAUUUUGCAAUCAAAGUUUGUUUCUGGCUCAGGACUGGACCCCUCUCUGCUUGUGUGAGUAAGGGGUGGGGAUGGGGGAGUCCACCCCUCCCCUGAGGCUGGGAGGGAGCUGAAAAACACGGUCACCGCCCACCCUACUGCUGACGUCUACCAGAUGUGAAGCUGAGGGGGAGGGGGAGGGACAGGGCUGAGGCUGUCUGCUGUCCUGGAAAGUCUUCCGCCAAUAACAGCUCUAGCCUUUGGAAGUUCUCCAAAUCUGAACGCAGAAAUGGACACACGGGCUCUAAGGACACAGACUGGACCAGCGCCUGCUCUUGUCUCUUUAACCCCUGUAUUCCCUAUUCUGGAAGUGUAGCCCAGUGGUGGGUACCAGCUUAACAUGUGCAGGGCUGUGAGUUCCGUCUUCAUCACAGACAGGAUUAAAAAUAAAAUAACCACUGACUUUC